UCAUGGCAGCGUCAGCCGUGCCGCCGCAUUCUCGAUGCUUUGCAAACCAAUGCCGUCUCCGGAUCGGCGAGGCGAGCACUGCCGCUCGGAUCUCCUUUGCGAGAGCGCUGAACCAAGCGGCUUUACAGCAGCAGCAGCUUCCAUCGGGGAGGUUUUGGCUAGACGAUGCUGUGGUGGGAGUCCUGGGAGGAGGGCAAUUGGGCCGAAUGCUGUGCGAAGCUGGCUCGGCGAUGGGUGUCAAAGUCGCGGUUCUGGACCCUUCGGCGAUUUGUCCUGCCAGUGCUCUUGCUCACCGUCAUGUUGUUGCGGAGUUUGACGAUAGAUAUGCUGUUUUGGAGUUCGCCAAAGCGUGUGAUGUCGUGACUAUGGAGAUAGAGCAUGUUGAUGCGGGAACACUUGACGAGCUUGAAAAGCAGGGAGUUCGCGUGGAACCGAGCUCGAGUACUAUUAAGACGAUUCAGGACAAGUAUCGUCAGAAGCUGCAUUUUAGAAAGUAUGGUGUUCCAGUUCCUGAGUUCGUGGAGGUUACUGGCUUAGAAAGCUUGGAGGAUGCAGCUUCUGUUCUGGGAUACCCGUUCAUGCUAAAAUGCCGCCGGUUUGCUUACGAUGGCCGCGGGAACAUCGCAGUGAGAAGCAAAAGUGACUUGCUUCCGUCUGUGAAAGCAUUGGGAGGUUUUGAGCAAGGUCUGUUUGCGGAGAAGUGGGUGUCUUUUGAGAAGGAACUAGCAGUGAUGGUUGCCCGUGGCAUAGAUGGAACAACACGGUGCUAUCAACUGGUAGAGACUACUCAAAGGAGGAGCAUCUGCCAUACAGUGCUAGCACCGGCCCUGAUUCCGAAAGCUGCCGAGAAGACAGCACUGGACAUAGCAGCAAAAGCUGUAGCCUCAUUUGGUGGCGCUGGAGUUUUUUGCGUCGAGCAGUUUUUGGCUUCUGAUAAUCUGAUUUUGCUGAAUGAGGUUGCACCACGACCGCAUAACAGUGGCCAUCUUACUAUCGAAGCAUGCUACGUUUCGCAGUUUGAACAGCACCUUCGUGCUGUCCUAGGCUUGCCACUCGGUGACACUUCCAUGAAAGUUUCAGCAGCAGGAAUGUAUAACAUUUUGGCUGAAGAGGGUGAACUCGGUGCAUCUAUCGCACAAAAGAUAAUGAACAAGGCGUUUAGCAUUCCAGGUGCUAGUGUACAUUGGUACCACAAGCGAGCGUUUCGGAGACAACGAAAAAUGGGUCAUGUCACAGUUGUGGGGCCAUCGAUGGCCAUCGUGAAACAACGAAUGCGUCAAAUCACGGAUGGUUCAGAAGCUGAAUGCAAACAUCCGACAGUUUUCUCAAAGCUAGAAAAACCGGCUGUGGGAAUUAUCAUGGGUUCGGAUUCAGAUCUUUCUACCAUGAGACACGCCGGAAAACUUCUUGAUCGUUUUGGUGUAAAGUAUCAGAUGACGAUUGUCUCGGCUCACAGGACCGCGGAACGAAUGUAUAGCUACGCAUCGAAUGCUCACCUUGACAAUCUCAACGUGAUUAUCGCUGGUGCUGGUGGUGCUGCGCACCUUCCCGGAAUGGUUGGCAGCAUUACGCCUCUCCCAGCUAUCGGUGUUCCGGUCGAUGUCACGGCAUUAAGAGGACUGGAUUCCUUCUUGUCGAUUGCUCAGAUGCCAACGGGAAUUCCUGUUGCUACUGUAGCCGUCGAUGAUGCGGAGAACGCAGGACUUCUAGCCGUGAGGAUACUGGGUACUUCCGACGAACACCUCCAAUCGAAGGUUAUCGCACACCAAGGAGAAGAGAGGAGAUCGCAGUGUCUGGAAAAGCUGGAAGCGUUUGUUGGCAGCGACAUCUACAAUGCAAAGGAAUCUGCUGCUCCUCCUGUCGUGGGAAUCUUGACGACUUGCGCGGGAACUCCCGAGAAGGCUGCUGCCGCAGCGCUGGAAUUGUUUGGUGUGCCUUGUGAGAUCGUAGCAGUAUCCAGCAACUAUGUGAAAAAUGCUCACGCGAAAGGUCUCAAAGUUCUCGUCGUCGUAUCGAUCGGUUACUCCGAGUUACCUGGCAUUGUUGCCGGUGCCACGCCACUUCCAGUGAUCGGGGUUCCAACCAGCAAAGGCUCAUUGAAGCACGGAGUCGAGCAUCCAAUCGCUGUGCAACCAGAGCCGGUUGCGUGGGUUGCAGUGGACAAUGGAGCAAACGCAGGGAUUUUAGCUGCGAGGUUCUUGCAAGUUUGGGACCCGAGAAUGCUUGACAAGAUGAUAUCCUACAAAGAGGAGCUAGAAAGGAAGGUGAUGGAGAAGGCAGAGAGAUUGGAAGCCAUGGGGUGGGAAAACUAUUUGCGAGAGAAAGCCACAUAGUCUUUAAAGCUUUGUGUAAAGAAUUAACUUAAAACCCAAGUCUAGGGUUCUUGGGAGGGA